AUGGCAGAAGUCCAGUCCCGCACCGGUGGGACAAGAGGCCGUGGGGGUUUUAGAGGUGGCAGAGGUGGCUUUCGAGGUGGAAGAACCCCCAGCAGGUCGCAACACAAACCAGACCAAGAACAAGAGAACAUCCCUCCCACCUCACUCGAUGACCAGGGCGAAGUCGGCCUGCUGAAGAAGAAGUUUGGUGACAAAGUCCCCUUACUGCGUGAAAUCUGCCCGGGCUGGAGUGACGAAGAUCUGGUUUUUGCCCUGCAAGAGACUGACGGUGACCUGAACGCCGCCGUCGACCGAAUUUCCAGUGGUACCAUCUCGCAGUGGGGCGAAGUCAAGAAGAAACAUCCAAAGCCCAAAGAUGCCCCUCCCGUCUCUGGCGAUGCUUCAAAGGGACGUGGACGCAACACUGCUGAAGGUCGUGGAAGAGGCCGCGGUGGUGCAGACCGUGGCAGCGCUCGGGGUGGACGUGGCGCUAAAUCUGCCACUCACACCAAUGGCACAAAGGCUACGAAACCCACAGAUGAAUGGGACACCACUGCGACACAACAAACCACCGAGGCAACUGGAGGUUGGGACGCUGCUCCCGCAAAUGGCGAUGCUCCUGUUGCAACUGGCGACUGGGCCAACGAACCAGGCAAAGACUCCCUGGCCUCUCUUCAAACAGAAGAACCCAAGCCAGCCUCUAGUGCCGCACCAGCUGCAGCAAAGCCUGGUGGCUGGGCUGGUUUGUUCGCCAAACCUCCUCCUGCGCCCAAAAAAGCUCCUGCUCCAAUUCCUCCCCCUUCUGCUCCCCAAGUCGAAGAAGUGUCUGUCGAAUCCACUCCUGCCGUCCAAGAACCUCCUACUGCUGAACUUGACACUCCACCUCCCAUCGAACCUGUAACCGCCGAAGACGGUACGAGCGAGCUGCCAUCUGCACCUCAUUCGGAUACUGGAAAAGAUCUGACUCCAUCUAAAGAUGAACUCACUGAGAAGAAUCUGGAGAGGUUGCCUGACACAUCUAAGCCGCCGCCAUCCGCCACUGCCGCAAGCACCGUCGCCAGCACGCAAGACCCUCUCGCCGCUGUUGAGAACACCAAACCCAGCAUCCGUCCUGGCCUGUCGGGCUAUGCAGCCACUGCCUUGAAAGCUACGGGUACCACUGGACGAUCUGCAAGCUAUGCGCGAAAGGUGAUGGAACAGCAAGAGGCGGUAGUUAUGCCGGGAAAUCAUGCCAUUGAAAAGGCCGCGGUCCAGUUUGGCAAGCUUGGGCUAGGUUCGGAUGAUGUUGAUGUCGAUGAAGAUCGCGAGGAACCAGAGACACGAACUCAACUUCCCGACGAUUCACCCAGCGCUCCACGAGCUUCUUUGCCCCCCCCUCUACCAGAAACACAACCACAAUCGGCCGCCGUUCCCACCCAGCCAUCAGCCGAAGCACAGCAGCCUCAGAGAGCUGCGCCCGGCCUCCCACCAGCUCCACAACAAGCUGCCCAACCUUCUCCCCAGACAGCCUCGGCGUAUGCUGAUCAAUAUCGCUACAGCCAGGGCCAGAAGCCGUAUGAUCCUUUCAGUCAACAAGGUCCAGCUUCGCAGGCCCAAGGUCAAUCCCAGGAGCCGUUCUCAAAUCAAGUCCCCAAUCAGCCCGCGACUGCCAGUUCGCAGAAUGACUACUCUGCCUACUAUGGCCGUGAUGCGUACAGUUAUUACGGUGCUUAUGGUCAUGAUGCUCAGCGUACUGGCAGCGCCUUUGGGACGUCAGCACCAGAUAGCCAAGGUCACUAUGCCACUUCUCGUCCUCAGCAGCAGAGCGCGGGUCAGCAAGAUGUCCAGGGUAGCGGGGAGAAUACUCCAGCACCUGGUCAACCUGCUCAGCAGCCUUCUGGUCAUCUGCAGCAGAAUCAAGGCCACGGAUACGCUUAUGGCUAUCCCAAUGCCUACAAUCAGCAAUAUCCACAAUACAGCGCUUCUUACAUCAAUCAAAUGAAUCAUCGUUAUGGUGCAAAUCGGCCAAUGUUCGAUGAUGUUCGUCGUCAAGACAGUGACUAUUACGGUAGUCAACAGUACAAUUAUGGCCAUGGUCAAAAUCAUUACGCUGGCUACAAGUACGGUCAACCCCAGGCUUAUUCCUACGAGCACUCUUCGUCCCCUGCCAAUGCGGGCAGCUUUGGCCGUGAAGGAGGUUAUGGACGAGCAGGCUCAGCCCAGCCUUCAGAGACACAACAGACUGCGGCGGGUGGCACGGCUUUCGGUGGCACGGCUGCUGACCCAUUUGGUCGCACCUCUUCCGGGUUUGGACAAGGACAGAGCCUUCAGCAGCACGCUUCGCAUCAAGGGAGCGAUGAUCCAAGCAAGGUGUCUGGCCCUAGCCCUUCUCUUCCGGGAGGCCGUCCAGGUUCCGCGGUCAAUAGUCUUCCUGGUCAACAAAGCGCUCUGCCUCCUCCAUCGCAACAUUCGAAUCAACAAGCGUUCGGUUAUCCUCAGUAUGGUGGACUAGGUAAUGCCAGUGGUCAUCAGAGUGGUCAUCAAAAUACCGGUUACGGGGGUGGUUAUGGAUCCAAUUCUGCAUUCGGGGCCUAUGGUGGUUACGGCGGUGGCAGAGGCUGGAACGGCAGCUAUGGCUCAGGUCAUUGA